ACCCUCAGCUGUGCUUGACACUUACCAUUCUCAUAAAUAUUUUCAUCAUUUUCGUGUUUUAUUUCAUAUUUCCUUCGAUGUACAGUGAAUAAAAAUUGUUAAAAUGAAUAUGCCAACGGCAGAUUGGUUCCUUUUAGGGAAAGACACCUAUUUUCGAAAAAUCGAAUUGUACUCGAUGGGAUGGCACACCGAAGUGAAUAUGGAUCAUGCCAUAGCAGUCGGUGCACCGUACGCUGGGCCAAUCGCUGUUAAACGCGAUAAUUCCAAGCUACAAAAGGCACAAGCAUCUAAUCAAUCAUUUAUCAAUAUUUACAAUGGCAGUGGUAAACUUUUCAACUCAAUUAAAGAUACUAAAUCAAUUAUUAAAAUUGGUUGGACAAAUGAUGAGAAUUUGAUCUGUGUGCAUGAAGAUGGAACCAUUUCAGUCCAUAAUGUGUUCUCGAACUUCCUAGACAGCAUUCACAACAUUCAUGUGUGUCAAGAGGUGAGAGAUACGAAGAUUAUCGAUGCGAUUAUCUUCACUAAUCCACAGAACUUCACUGGUAUUGCUGUUCUGACUAAAAACUACAAAGUUUUCUUGAUUAACAACAUUACUAAACCAAAACAGAGACAAUUAUCAGAGUUAACAAAAUCUUCAUUGAGUCCUACAAGUUGGGCUGUAAUAUCAGAAGAAAACAACACAGAAGUGCUAAUUGCACGCGGCAGAGAACUUUAUAGGUUAAAACAAGACGAAAGACAUGCUACAGAGAUGUUGGAAGCUGACAUUUCCCAUCGGUACACCGCCAUUCUACAAAUGACAGUGUCAGCUAACGCGCGCCAUCUGGCGUUGUUCACUGACGCUGGACAUAUAUGGAUGGGCAGCGCCGAUUUACGCACGAAAACAGCCGAAAUCGACACGGAUAUGAUCGUUAAACCGAAAUACCUUGAAUGGUGUGGCACCGAAGCACUCGUUGCCUUCUGGGAGAAAGACUACACGUUAAUGAUUAUCUAUAAAAACGAAUGCGGGCCUAACGGUUGCUCGAAAAUGACAUUCAACUAUGACAGCACUGUGCAUCUAGCUCCGGAGAUAGAUGGCGUGCGUUUACUUUCAAACUAUCAGCAUGAACUGCUCCAGAAAGUGCCGGAUACUUUACAGAAAAUAUUCCGCAUCUACAGCAGUGAUCCAGGCAGUUAUUUACUGGAAGCGUCCAAGCAAUAUCAAAGACGCAGUCAUAAAGCUGAUGAAUACAUUUGUCUAGUCAAACCUAACCUAGUAAAAGCAGUGGAGCAAUGCAUUGAAGCAGCUGGAUAUGAAUUUGACGCUGAGAAUCAAAAGAUGUUGAUUCGCGCCGCGCAGUUUGGGAAGUGUUUCACCGCUGAGGUGGACCCAGAGGAGUAUGUGAAGAUGUGCAGACUGUUGAGGAUACUCAAUUCUGUCAGGGAUAGACGAAUUGGCAUCCCGAUUACAUUCACAGAAUUACAAAAUCUAGGUAAUAGUGUGCUGUUGGACCGCUUGGUGGCGCGCAGGCAGUAUUUCCUAGCGAUACAAGUCGCUAAAUAUCUCCGAAUGCCUGAUAACGAAGGCAGUAAUCGAAUUUUAGUUCAUUGGGCCAAGUAUAAAGUUAGUAAACAUGACAGUACAGAUGACGACAAAAUCGCACGUCAAAUCGGUGAGAAACUCGGCCAUAGCGUCGGAAUUUGCUACAGUGAGAUAGCAAAAACCGCUGCGGAUAACGGCCGUAAAAAACUAGCAAUUAAACUGCUCGAUUAUGAACCCAAGGCAAGCAAACAAGUGGAACUAUUGGUGCAUUUAGAGGAGCAUGAACCUGCGCUGGUGAAAGCCAUCGAAAGUGGCGACACUGAUUUAAUCUACGAUGUCAUUCUACGCCUGCGCAAUGAUAUGCAACUUGCAAAAUUCAAACUACUCGUGCAUAAAUACCCCGUACCUUUGGCAUUGUAUAUUAAAUAUUGCAGAGAAAACAGCGCGGAAGCCCUGGAAGGGAUUUACACACAAGAAGAUGAUUUUAAUUCACAGGCGUUGCAUUUAAUUUCAGAUAUGAGUGUUUUGAAACCGUAUGAGAAAGAAUCCUGCAUUGCUUCGGCUUUGGACGCGUAUAAAAAAGGUAGGAAUGACUUCAACGCUGCGUUGAGCGAUGAAGCUUUGAGGUUAUUGAAGGAUCAAAAGGUUUUGGAUGAGAAAUUGAAGACGCAACUCAGUGGGAUGUCAGUUAAUGACACUUGCAAGAAACUUCUGCUUUUAAACGAGAUGAAAAUCGUGGAAAAGUUUAGGAAUGAUUAUAAAAUCCCUGACAAACGUUAUUGGUAUCUGCGCAUUGAAACACUCGCAGAACAAGAUCAUUGGGAAGAACUCGACCGUUUUUCCAAAUCAAAGAAAUCCCCGAUUGGUUAUGCGCCGUUUGUCGAUGUUUGUUUGAAACAUCGCAAGGAAAGAGAGGUUAAGAAGUACCUGUCACGUGUUUCAGAUGACAUGAAAGUCAAAUACUACAUCAAAGCAAAUGAACUUGAAGAUGCAGCACAAAUUGCCUACGAACAACGUGAUAUUCAAAAUCUCAUGCAGAUUCAGUUGAAAUGCGCCGGAGACAAUCCGCCAUUACAUGAAAAGAUAAACACUUUCAUUUCGGCGCUAGGUGUGCGCAAAUGAUGACAUUUAAUAAAGAAAACCACUGCAUUACCGACACCCUCAUUAAUUUCCAAUAUAUUUCGUGUUUAUUACA